AUGGAUCCGUCGAGGUCACUCCUGGAUCUCAAUCUUCUUGUCCUCCCCGCCUUCUCCUUUGUCGACUGCAGGCAGCAGAAACAUGCAAGCCGCACGCGACUGCUCCGACAAUUGGAAGACGCGAGGUGCGACGCAACGACGCGUGGUCCAUCCGGGCACGGCACCGGCGGGCACCACCACACUAGGGCACGAUUUUGGCAGCCAACACUGGCGCCCAAAUCGGAUCAACCGAACCCAGGCGUGGGCUCCUACGGGUGUGAGGAGGAGAUGACCAAGGGCGAGGGUCCGUUGAUCGGCAUCGACCUCGGGACGACCUACUCCUACGCCGGCAUGUGGCAGCAGGUUGAGAUCAUGGCCAACGACCAGGGCAACCACACCACACCCUCCUACAUCGCCUGA